CCUCUUAAUUCUAUACAACAUCAUGAGCGUUAUCGGCAUUAACUUUGGUACAGCCUACACCUCCAUUGGCUACGUCAACAAGGAAGGACGUGCUGAUUGUCUCGCCAACGAAGAAGGUGAUCGUCAGAUCGCCUCUGUUCUCGCUUUCCACGGAACCGAGGAGGUCGUUGGUUCCCAAGCCAAGUCUGAGAUUGCUCGUCACCCCAAGACCACUGUUGCUAACUUCCGUGCUGCCCUUGGCAAGAGCUUUGCAGAGGCCGAGAACUUGACCGGCUCUGCUGCUCAGAUCGUCAACAAGGACGGUAAGCCCGCUUACGAAAUCGAGUUCGAGGAGAAGAAGGAGGCUUUCACCGCCAAGACCAUUUCCACCAAGUUCUUCUGCCACAUCCGCGAAUCUGCCGAGCAGUUCUUGGGUGGACCUGUCGCUGGUGUUGUCAUGGCCGUGCCAUCUUACUUCACCGACAAGCAGCGCGAGGAAUUGUCUGCUGCUGCCGAGGAUGCCAAGCUCAAGGUCAUCCAGCUCGUUCACGAGUCUGCCGCCGCUGCCGUUGCCUACGGUAUCGGUCAGGAGUCUUCUUCCAAGAACCCCCAGGACAAGACCAUCGUUGUCUGUGACCUGGGUGCCCACUCCUUCGAUGUCACCGUCCUUACCGUCCGUUCCGGUAUCUACUCUGUCGUCGCCACUGCCCACGACACCAAGCUCGGUGGUAGCUCCUUCGACGAUCUCCUCAUUGCUCACUUUGCUGCCGAGUUCAAGAAGAAGACUAAGGUCGACAUCAACGCCAACGCCAAGGCUCUUGCCAAGCUCCGUGGUGCCGUCGAGGUUACCAAGAAGAUGUUGUCCAGCGCCACCUCCGCCCCUUGUUUCGUUGAGUCCCUUGCUGAGGGUUUCGAUCUCCACGGUACCAUCAACCGUAUGCGUUUCGAGAUCAUGUCCAACAAGGUCUUUGCCCGUAUCCAGGAAGUUAUCCGUGAGGUUCUUGGCAAGGCUGAUCUUGAUCCCUCUGAAGUUGAUGAGGUUCUCCUUGCUGGUGGUGCUGCCCGCGUCCCCAAGUUCGCUGUCAAGAUCCGCGAGACCUUCUCUAGCGAGCAGACCAAGGUCCGCUCCGAGUUGGAGGCCGAUGAGGUCGUCGCUCGUGGUUGUGCCAUCCAGGGUUCCUUGAUCGCCGGUUUCGAGAAGGAGGACAUUGAUGCUUCCACCCACCCCGUUGUCACCCUUGUGCCCCACACCCAGAAGGCCAUUGGUGUCUUGAACGCCAACAAGGAGUUUGUCACCAUCAUUCCCCGUGGUACUGCCCUCCCUGCUCGUCGCGUCUUCGAGUUCAGCAACUCUGCUGACAACCAGACCCACGCCUACCUUGCUCUCCACGAGGGUGAACACACCAUUGAGAAGACCGAGCUUCCCGCCGAGGCUGUCGAGGAUGAUGAAGAGCCUCUUGAGCCCGAGGUCAUCACCAAGGUCGUCACCAAGCCUGCCACUCUCUUGGCUGAACUCAGCCUUCCUCUCCAGCACGGACAGAAGGCCAAGGCAAGCAAGGUCGAGGUCCAGGUUACUGUUGAUGCUGACAGCAAGUUGAACGUUGUUAUGCGCGAGAAGAACGGCACUGGCAUUGUCAAGGCUGAGAUUGCCAACAAGAAGUAAAACAAAAAACAAAAACAAAAAAAAAUCACACAUAAAAUGAAACCCUUCUUUACAAGAAACAUAUUAAAAAGUAUUCAAAGAUGAUAUCUUUUCUUUCCAUUCCCCUUCUUCUUCUUCUUCUUUACUUCAUUCUCCUUUAUAAAAACAAGAGCAUAAAAAGAAAGAUUACAUUAAAUAUAU